CUUUCCACUGCCACUUCUAUUGGCUUACUGAAUAGCGCGCGCCUUCGUGUGAAGCUUGGAUUUUCCGGUGAACAGCGGCCUAGGUAUAUCUGAACAGAACUGUCCCGUUUGAUCGGUGUUGAUGAUGGCCAAACCCUCGAAUGAGAUGAUUGACGACACGAGAGGAGAGCCUUGCACUGUCACUGUAGCUCAAAUCUCGCCUUGGAUCGAUAACAUAGCGAAGCACAGAAUUACGCAACUCCACACAAGAGGAUGGGCACGUCGCUUGCGUUUCCUGACCUUCGAUGGUCCUGGCUUUAGUUCACAAGAUGGGCCAGCACAAUGUGCAAGAUGCGAGCUGGGCGUGCAGAUCCCGCGUAAUAGUCAUUUCUGCAAUUCUCACCGUCGAGUCAACCGGAGUAAUGUCGAGAAGGCCGCGAACGAUUUGCAAGCAUGUAACCAUAUUGCCAAAGUAACAUGCUCGUACUGCAAGGAUCUACCACUGUUUCCGAAUCAAGAGAAAGCGACGAGAUUUAGAAUUCGCCGAGUCAUUUCACGAGAGCAAAGUCAUAGACAUGACUUCGAUGAUGGUUAUAUACCAAAAGAACCAGGCCAUGGAAGAAGUACGGGAGAUCAUGAUGAAUGGCCAUGUGGCCAUUUUGUGGCAGUAUCUUACUGCUGGGCGGCUCCAUCGACGCCUAGCAAAGGUAUGGAUACGAAGACAGAAGUGCCAUAUCGCAUAACGGAGGAAGAUGGAUCGGUCAGAGACGCUCGAGCUUCUAAGCAAACAAUACACCGUGCAGUAAAUUUUGCGGCGCAGAAUGGCUAUCGAAUGAUCUGGAUAGACCAAGAGUGCAUCCAGCAAGACGACGAAUUCGAACAAUCAAUUGGUGUCCAGGCAAUGGAUGCCGUUUAUUUGUACGCCCAUAUAACCAUCGGACUCUUCUCAGCGAUUCUAGACCAGAAUGAAUGGGAAGCGAUGUUGUAUUGGAGCGAAGCUAUCAACCAACAUUUCCAGAUUUGCAGCCGCGCGGGUCCAACGCCACGCCGGCUAGUCAUUCGCGCUGAAAACUUAUCAGCGGCUUUAAAGAAGGUGCUCUCGGAUAUCUGGAAUACACGAGCUUGGAUUUUACAAGAAGCUAUCGCUUCUACCGGCAAAAUUGUCCUCCUAUUUCCUCUGGCCAAGCCAAUAUCACGAAGCAGACUACAGCUUGUAUGCCACGAGAAAUCCUUCACUGAAAUCUGCGUCGACUUCGAAAUACUAUACAAAGCACUCAACAUAUCUCAUGGAAUACUUCUUCCAGAUCCUCCUCAAGGCUUUCCCCGUGAAGAGAUGCAGAAGAAGCUAGCAUGCUUUCAUCCUGGGGCCCGAGAUUUGGUGCUUUUCAGUAUGUCUUUAGGUGGGAGUCGGUCACAAAACACCUGCAGUGCCGCUAUGGCGGUCGCGUAUCUUCGUGAUCGUGAGAACAGUGUCGUUUCUGAUCGCCUUGCAAUCAUAGCGAAUAUCUGUAGGUAUGAUUUACGACUUGAUGGUACUGCCCUGCAGAAGUCUCAACGCAGUCUCGCUCUAUGCAUCAUGGUCUUGGCAAUUAUGAACGGCGACUUUUCACUUAUGACGCCGGAGUUGUAUCGAAACCCAGAUUUGUACCAGAUGGUAAAUAAAUCUUUCAUGGAGUCUAUAAUCCUCUACUUACAGUAUCUACCGUCAAUUUCUGCGAAUAAGAUGGCACCGCUCGGUAUCAACCUUGGACCUUCGGCCCCAGAGUCCUACCUUUUAUCAAGCAAUGGUCUACGUCUCGCAGGAUUUCUUUGGAAACCUCAUACUUUCAUCCAUCUUCCUUCCAUCCAGAAAAAGUAUCACCAGUCCUGGCUAUCACUAAAUGAGGAGCGGUACCAGCUGAUUCUGAACUAUAACAAGACGCCUCGGGAGCAUACUCCGUGGCAGAGAUCCCACUCUACCCUUUCAAGGCACAUGGACCGCCGCAAAUUAGCUGUUACACAGAUAAUGUUCGACACUUUAGUCGAUCUGCGGGGGGCAGGAGAGGUGGCUACAGCAGAUGCAAUCUGGCAGUCGGUAUGGGAUCCGAGUUGGCCAAAAGGAAGGACGACAGUGAAAAAGCUCAUCGAGUCUGUCAGUCAGUUUCCUGAUAACCUCCAGGUACAGAAUCGAGGUGAAAUGUUUCGAUUGGAACGCACCGAACAUAUGGCUUAUCAUCCAGAGUGGCUUAUCAAUCGCAUCAUUUCGCACGGUGGGCUCUGGUCCUACAGCUUAGUGAAAGCGACCCAGGACGACGUCUACUUACAUUGCACCGAGGAAUCGAAAAAAAGCGAGAAACAAGGGAAGAAUAGAGACACCAAGGACUUGUUUGACGAGAGUUAUGCGGAUGAUGAUCUUGAACUCCCGCCGACUGCAAGUCUAAGUUCAGAAUCUCAAAAUGACGAAAUAGCGGAAGAACAUGGAGAUGGGUUCACACGCGUAUGUAUCAAUGGAAAGGAAAUGAACAUACGUACACGGAAUACCAAAGACGGGAAUCACGAUAUGGCAUUUCUACAGACAUCCCUGGGUUUGACAAUGGUCGGCUUUAUGUUGCAGAAGACGAUGGAGAUUUUUAUCACGCGCUGGGUUUGCUAUCCCCAGAUUGAGAAACCUCCUGGAUUUUCUCGAUCACCAGCGUACUAUUCUCAAGCAGCGUUCCUCGGCAAUCUGGAUAUGUUCGGCAACGGAAAGUAUCCUCUAGGGGACGUACGCUGUUUCCAUGAUCUAUUCGGAUUUUCUAAGCAGCGUGCUGUGUUUGAUGUCGACAGAAGCGACGGAGAAGGGAGUUUAGUUUUGACUCCCUUCCAGCUGGCUCUAGAAGGCAUUGUGGCGCCUGAUCUAAGACGUAUGAGCAUCUCGAGGGUGGUCGACAAGGUCCCAGUGGGAACAGUGGAUGAUGGAUACGAAACUUUUCGCACGAGGUACAUGGUUAAAGGUAUGUGGUGUUCCCUAAUGUACCCUGGAGGACGGUACAAUUUGAUUUAGUGGGGAGAGAUUGACGUGAUGAUGCUUCUUCGCUUUAUUAUUGUGGAUGUUGGAUUGAAUAAAUCAUACCUCAAUGCUACAAUUUUUCCCCCUAUUCUAUCUCUCUCACCUCGAUGCCCGUACCGCCUACUCACCCAUCCAAUUCUAUUACGUUCUC